AUGUGACUUUGUCGCCAUAUUGGAUCCUUCUAUCAAAAUGGCGUCCGAACAAGUAUCCGACAAACAGGUUAUUCCUGUAAAACCUACUCCUCAAGGGUUGGCCUCUGACUCGAAAGAAGAGGAAGUUGUCAUGGAAGACAAGUUGACUGAAGAAGGUGCUAUUAGCACCACGGUAUACAUCAAGCAUCCACUUCAACACAAAUGGGCUUUGUGGUUCUUUAAAAAUGACAAAUCAAAAACAUGGGCAGCGAAUCUUAGAUUAAUUACAAAAUUUGACACAGUUGAAGACUUCUGGGCGCUAUAUAAUCACAUUCAGGCUGCAAGUAGGUUACAAUCUGGAUGCGACUACUCACUGUUCAAGGAUGGUAUUGAACCUAUGUGGGAAGAUGAAAGAAAUAAACGUGGUGGACGUUGGUUAUUAAAUUUGCAGAAACAUAACAGAAAUCAUGAUCUAGACCGAUUUUGGUUAGAAACUUUAUUAUGUCUUAUAGGAGAAGCAUUUGGAGAGGAAAGUGAUGAAGUGAAUGGCGCAGUUGUAAAUAUUCGUAAUAAAGGAGACAAAAUAGCAAUAUGGACGGCUGAUUCCACUAGAGGAGAUGAAACAUGUAAAAUAGGACGUUUAUUUAAAGAAAGACUUAAUCUUGCACCAAAACAUAUCCUGGGCUUCCAGGCACAUGCAGAUACUAUUAGUAAGACCGGUUCAACAGCUAAGAACCUCUACAGUACGUGAUACUAGUUACUUCUGCUGUGUGUAUGGUGUGGUAGACUUCUAGCUAAAUUAUACAUGGACAUCGCUGACCCGGGAAUCAAGACCACCUAGGAUGAUGUGAAAUGUAUGUCAUAAUCCCCUAGGAUGAUGUGAAAUGUAUUACAUGAUAGCUUUGCAUUUAUUUUUGAAUCAGCUGUGCCAGCAUGUUUCAAUUCAAGUCAUUUGAUUUCGGUGUCACUUAAAAUGCUACAAGGAAAUUACUGUAAACCAUUUUAUUUCACUGCUAGGAAUUUCCGCAAUUUGAUUAUUUAAUAAGGGCAUUCGUGACGACAAAAUUUUGCGAAAUUUGCUGCGACUUGGUUUCUUCAGGACCCCAUUGCUACAAUGCUGCAAUCAAAAUUCAUGAUUUCAAAAUUUUGACCAAUUACAGGGGGUUCACAGUAUUUUCUUUGUUUGUGAUUUCCGCCAAUUAACUAAAUUGCAUCUGUUGUCAUAUUUAUUUUUCUCAAACAUUUUAACUGUGUUUACAGUAGUGCUGUUCAUAUAAUGUUGCCUUGAAGGUGUGAGCUGAGUUGAGUUGAGCUGAGCUGAGCUUAGCUUCUUUUUCUACAUAUACCGCCCCUCCUUGUUUCUUUCCUGUACAGUCAACAGAUUGUAAAGUACCAAUCUGAAAUGGGCCUUAUACUUUUUAUGUAUUCUUUAGUUUAUAGUUUGAGUGUACUAUAAACUUGUUUACAAUGUGUGUGAAAUAGUAUUCUCAGGGGGCGGGGCUAUGUCGCAGAAAGUUCUACAUUUCUAAGAUGCACACCACUGUGCCAUGUAUUUUUAUGGGCUCUGUGUGAGCUGCUGUGGAACAUGGCUUAAACAGCACAAACUCAACUUUGAAGUAAUUCGAAGCAAUCAGAUUUAUAUAUGUUGCACAUGUAGUGGUAAUCUUACCCUGUUCAGGGGAGUCUCAACAACUACUGUAGAAUACUUUAUUUUCGCUUGGAAUUUAUUUUCCCUAUUUUCGCUGAAGGGAUGAUUCC